GAAAGAAAAGAAAAGAGAAGCAGCAUCCCUCAUUCCCACGCCCCUCGGCCCCUAAACCAGACCCUCCUCUACUUCCGGCCGCCGCCGCUGCCGACGAGGACGCUGGCGAGGACUGAACUGGAGCUGUACCCCUCCGGGGCUAACUGCGCCACGGACUCCACCCGCGGGCGCUUCCCGUUCCCUUUCUCUUCCGCUCGCACGCUUCGGCGAACGCUAGGGUUUUAGUCCCCUGCCUGCUUUGUCACGUGCAGACGAGGCGAACGGCGACGCCAGGUUGGGGAAUAACCGGCCUUCGGCGAUGGGCCGCCCGGAGCCGGUCGUGCUGUUCGCGCAGACAAUCCUACAUUCCCAGCUGGACGAGUACGUCGACGAGGUGCUAUUUUCGGAACCUGUUGUGAUCACGGCUUGCGAGUUUCUUGAGCAGAAUGCCUCUCCUUCCACACCAAACAUAACCCUUGUUGGUGCUACAUCUCCACCUUCAUUUGCUUUGGAAGUCUUUGUUCACUGUGAUGGGGAGUCUCGAUUUAGGCGUCUUUGCCAGCCAUUCUUAUAUUCACACUCUUCAUCCAAUGUGCUAGAAGUUGAGGCUAUUGUGACAAAUCAUUUAGUGUUGCGCGGAACUUAUCGCAGCCUCACUCUUGUAAUUUAUGGUAAUACCGCCGAAGAUCUUGGUCAAUUCAACAUAGAACUAGGUCUGGACCAUUCUCUUGCGAAUGUUGUUAGCUCUCCAUCGGAGGGAAAGCUUGAAGACCUCCCACCAGCACUACAUUUAUCCAAAUUGACAUUCGAGGAGUCAUUAUCUGCACUGAAACCAUUGAGUUUUCAAGGCACCGAGUUGGACCUCUCGAUUGAAGUGAAGAGAGUUCUAUAUUUAACUCUUAAAAUGUACCAAAUGUCUGAUGUGGAAAAUCUUAUUCCUAACCUAAGAAGUGCAGUUAUCUUAGCUAUUUCUAAAUAUGUGACUGCAAGUACAAAUCACAUCCUACAUACAUGGAAUCAAGACUUGGACAAUGCCUUUGCCAGGAGUGAUCUUGAUCCUCAGGCAAUUAACAAAAUUCUUACUGAAGCUGGCAACGAGCUUUCUGAAAUUUGGAAAAAUGUCCAUGCUGUUGCUAACAGUAAUCUUUUCAAUGAUAAUGGCUUUGCCAUUAGAGUAGAUGAAGAGUUGCCCACAACCAAGAUCCUAGUUGAGUUGUUUAACAGAUGUUUUCCAUAUUACAAGAACGUUUGCUUACUUGAUCUACAAUGCCCUUCCCAGAAUAAAUGGUUGUUGUUGUCUUUGAGUUUGGUUCUCCUACUGUGCUCCUCAAAGGAGAGUUGCUUUUAUUUUGUUGGCGCUGGUGGGAUGGAGCAAAUCAUUAAUCUGCUAUGUUGGAAGACCCCAAAAUCUGCAGCUACCACAUUGCUUGUCCUAGGUAUUGUUGAGCAUGCUACACGGCAUGGUUUUGGAUGUGAAGCUUUCUUGGGAUGGUGGCCGCGACGUGAUCACAGCAGUAUACCUGUUGGCAGCAGCGAUGGCUAUUGCUCUUUGUUGAAGCUUCUACUAGAAAAGGAAAGGCAUGAUAUUGCCUCUCUUGCUACAUACGUUCUACAACGCUUGCGUUUUUAUGAGAUACUAUCUAAAUAUGAGUCUGCAGUGGUUAAGGUGGUUUCUAAUCUUCCUGCCGAUGAACUUUCUACUGGAGUUCCAUUUAUUAUUUCUGCUAGUGUUGAACUUGCUGAAAUGUUGAAAUUGAUAAAUUUUUGUGGCCCUAUUGAAGAUCCCUCACCAGUAGCUUCUGCUAGAAGAGUAUCUAAGUCUGGACAUUUGGAAGGCUUACUGUCUUACAAAUCAACGAUUGGCCUUAUAACUUCUUCUAAAUACAGUUUCUUGCAGUUUGAUACUGAUCCAUACUUGUUAUCUCUUAUCCAGGAUAGAAGUUUUUUUCCUCUGUCAGCAGCCUUGUUGUCAUCACCUAUAUUGCAUUUAGUAAGUGGUCCUGCUGCUGAAAUUUUGAUGGGGAUAGCAUCAUCGAUUGAAUCAAUUAUACUCUCCCUCCUGUUUUGUCGUUCAGGGUUAUCUUUCUUGCUCAGUCAACCUGAAGCAACUGAGCUUAUAGUUCUUUCUCUUCAAGAUGCUGAAAACAUGAAUAAAACAGAAUGCAUAACUCUUAGACAGGCUUUUGUUCUUUUAUCAAAAGGGUUCUUCUGCCGCCCACAAGAAGUUGGAAUGAUCACGGAGUUACAUCUUAAAGUGGGAAGUGCUGCCAAUAGGGUACUUUCAGUUCCUCCAAAUUCUGAUGAACUUUUGUGGGUUCUUUGGGAACUUUGUGCCAUUUCAAGGUCUGAUUCUGGUCGGCAAGCAUUAUUAGUUCUUGGAUACUUUCCGGAGGCAAUAUCAGUUCUGUUGAGCUCUCUCUCUUCAUACAAGGAUCUUGAUUCAGUCAUGACUAAGAAUGGAGGGUCGCCUUUGGGUCUUGCGAUCUUCCAUUCGGCUGCAGAAAUUCUUGAAGUUUUGGUUGCAGAUUCAACUGCUUCAUCACUUAAAUCAUGGAUUGGAUUUGCUGUUGAUCUGCACAAGGCUCUGCAUUCAUCUUCUCCUGGUUCAAAUAGGAAAGAUGCACCAACAAGGUUGCUUGAAUGGAUUGAUGCUGGUGUUGUUUAUCAGAGAAAUGGUGCUCGUGGGCUUCUUCGUUAUUCCGCUAUUCUAGCUUCUGGUGGAGAUGCUCAUCUUUCUUCUGGAAAUGUGCUCGUGUCAGACUCGAUGGAUGUUGAGAAUGUAGUUGCAGAUUCAAAUAGUAGUUCAGAUGGUCAGGUCAUUGAUAAUCUUCUUGGUAAGCUUGUUGCAGAUAAGUACUUUGAUGGAGUUGCGUUGUGCAGCACUUCUGUGGUCCAAUUAACAACAGCUUUCCGCAUUUUGGCAUUUAUUUCUGAUGAUAAGGCUGUGGCUUCAUCCCUUUUCGAGGAAGGUGCAAUUACUGUUAUAUAUGUAGUCCUGAUGAACUGCAAGUCUAUGCUUGAGCGCUUAUCCAAUAGUUAUGAUUACCUUGUUGAUGAAGGGGCUGAACUGAGUUCUACCACAGAAUUACUUCUAGACCGAACUCAUGAACAGGCUCUUGUUGAUCUCAUGAUUCCUUCACUUGUCUUGCUGAUAAAUCUCCUUCAUAUAUUACGUGAAACAAAAGAACAAUAUCGCAACAAAAAGCUUCUUAGUGCUCUUCUGCUGCUACAUCGAGAAGUUAGCCCAAGGCUAGCAGCAUGUGCUGCAGAUUUGUCCUUCAUGUUUCCUUCUUUUGCUGUCAGUUUUGGUGUUGUUUGCCAUCUUAUUACGUCAGCAGUUGCUUGCUGGCCACUGUAUAAUUGGGCGCCUGGUCUCUUUCAUCGCCUUCUUGAGAAUGUUGAGGCUACUAAUACAUCAGUACCAUUAGGUCCAAAGGAUGCUUUUAGUCUGAUUUGUCUUCUGGGUGAUCUUUUCCCUGAUGAAGGCAUAUGGCUGUGGAAAGUUGAACUUCCUUCAUUGAGUGCUAUUAGAUCUUUGAGCACUGGAACAGUUCUAGGUCCUCAAGUGGAAAAAGAGGUGAACUGGUACCUGCAUCCUGAACAUGUAGCCAUAUUACUUGUGAGGUUGAUGCCACAACUUGAUAGACUUGCUCGUGUCAUUGAAAAUUUUGCUACUUCGGCCUUGAUGGUGAUGCAAGACUUGCUUCGUAUUUUCAUUGUUCGUGUCGCCUCUGAAAAGAUUGAGUGUGCGGUUGUUCUUCUUCGCCCGAUUUUUAUAUGGUUAAAUGAUAAAGUUGAUGAAUCUUCCCUGUCAGAGAGAGAGAUCUUUAAGGUGCAUCAGCUGCUUCAGUUUAUUUUGAAAUUAUCUGAACAUCCAAGUGGCAAGGCAUUGCUUUGGAAGAUGGGAGUCACAAGGAUUCUUAGGAAGUUAUUACAGAAUUGUAGCAGUGCGUCUUUUUUGGAUGAUAAGAUGACUUUUGAAAGAGCACCCUCCACGAAUGACCUUAUGCUCAAAUGGAGGAUUCCUUUAUUUAGAUCUCUUGCAUCCAUCUUUAGUACCGACCCAUCUAACAAUGAGAAGGCUAUUACUGAAGAGUCCCUGAAUGAGAAUGCUCUUCAUGAGUGCUCUUCUAUCAUGCAUCACCUCUUGAUGUUCUGUCAGGUUUUGCCUGUUGGACGGGAAAUGUUAGCAUGUUCGCUGGCAUUCAAGGAAUUGGCUGCUUCGUAUACCUGUAGAAGUGCAGUAACUUUGAUAUUUUCACAAAUCCAAACUUCCAACAACUAUGUUCAUGAACAAAAUGAGAGUGUCACAUACCAUGACUCAUCAACUGUGGAUAAUUGGGGUUGCUUUUCCUCUUUGUUGAAGUGCUUGAAGAAGCUCGUAAAAUAUGUUGGUUCUAAUAAUCCAACAGAUUAUUUGGUAGAAACAAUUUAUUCCUUGACACUAGGCGCUAUUGCCCUCAGUCAGCAUGGUGAAAAUCUUGAGAGCUUGACUAUAUUGAGGUAUCUAUUUGGGCUCCCUUUUGAUUCUAGUGGUGCCAUGGAAUCAUCUGGUGAGAGUCUGAAUGAGAUUACAUUAUUCAUGAAGACAUUUGAAGAGAAGACAUGCCAUGGCUUUGAGAAUUUAACGACUUCUGUUGGAAUACCUCUUUUACACAAGGUACAGAGUUCAAUCACAUUACUAUUUUCGAUUCUUGAGAAUUCUGGGCUAUCCAGAGAUUUAGUUCAGAUGGUUCUUGAAGAAGGCACUGACUCCCCGUCCGAAGUCGCUCGCUCUGUUGUUAUGACAGCUCAUCUAAUGCCAACCCUAGCUGGUGUGUCUGUAAAUGAUGGAUCUGGCCUUUUCUUUUCCAAUGCUUGGAAGGUUAUUGUUGAUUCAGAAGAGCCUGUUGACUGCCAAGGGGGUGAAUUUGCAAAGAGGCUGGUGUGGGAGUUGCCUGAUUCUUCUUUUGAUAGACAACUCAUGCCUGGCCAAUCUGCUAGAAGAAGAUUGGCAUUGGGCGAUAGCGCAAGUAGGCGCGUAAGGGACAACCAAGCACCUGAACCAAGUGUACAUUUCUCGCGAGGUUUAAAUACAACCAAUGCUUCUACAGGACAUACACGUAGAGACACUUUCCGUCAGCGGAAACCGAACACAAGUAGACCACCUUCGAUGCAUGUAGAUGACUAUGUUGCAAGAGAGAGAAACAUGGAUGGUGCUAGUAGUGCAUCGAAUAUUGUGAAUUCUACUCCACGUGGGAUGCUUAGCGGAAGGCCUCCAUCCAUCCAUGUAGAUGAAUUUAUGGCAAGGCAGAGGGAACGUCAAAAUCCUGUGCCAGCCCCAUCUGGGGAUGCACCUCAAGGAAAAAGUCAGGCAACAAGUUUAGAUGACAAUCUCCGUGCUAAGCCAGAGAACCCUUGUCAACCCAAGGCUGAUCUUAAUGAUGAUCAAGAAAUUGAUAUUAUCUUUGACGAGGAAUCAGGUUCAGAUGAUAAACUUCCUUUCCCUCAACCAGAUGAUAGUCUCCAGUCGCCACCUGUCAUUGUUGGGGAAAAUUCUCCAGGUCCCAUUGUUGAGGAGACAGAAAAUCAGGAGAAUGAAAUAAUUCUUUUUUCGCAGAGGGGCAUACCACUUGCAAAGAAUGAUGGAAGUCCUGGCAUUGACAUAUCUUCUCAGACAGCGAUGCUUUCAGAAGCUAAUGUUCCUUUGGAACGAAAAUAUUCUGUUUCUAGCCCAGAGAAGAAUUCUUUCCAUGAUGCCAACGAGUCUAAAUAUAUUUCUCCUAUUACUGGAUCAGAAAGAUCACCACCAGUUCAUAACACACGUUCUGCACAAGCAGCUCAUCAACAAUUACCUCCUAGUAGAUAUGAGAAGAGAAGUCCACGUAAGUUUUCUGAGAGUUCUCUGUCAUGUGGAUCCCAUGGACAUGAGUAUAGACUCUCCAAUAACCAUCCACCUCUGCCACCAAUGCCACCUCCAAUUUCAUCCGUGCCUACACAAAAUCCUGAUUCAAGGCAGUCAUCCUCUUAUAUUGCUAGAGAUCGACCAACACCUAAUCCCUCUGGUUAUCCUGCACAAUCUUUUGACGCUAGUACGCCUAGUGCUUUCACGGGGCUUCAGGCUCAAACUCAAUAUAUGCUUGCGGGCGCUGGUGGUUCAUCAUCAAAUGAUGCAGAGGCCAAGUUCUUAUGGAACACUUAUUCAGUAAAUAGGCUCCCUAUGGAGAACUUCGGCUCUGGUUUAUCUGCUCGGCCGAUGCCACCCCAUCCACCUUAUUCAGCUAUGGUUACUCAACACGCUGCGAUGAGCUCUUGCUCUCCUGCAAUGCUGUAUAACCAAGGCAGUACUGUUGUCCAGCCUCCUCCACCUGCUUCUGUUAUUAGCGAUUCAACUUUAGGCAUGAACUCUCCAUCUGGCAGCACGCUUGCAUCAAAUUUGUUACCAUCAUUUGCAUCACAAUUUCUAAUGGCCAGGCCUUCAAUGCCUUCCUCAUUUUUUGGCACGUCUCUUCAACAAGUUGAACUUUCAUCUGGCCUUCCACAAAAUAUUUCUAAUCCUCAGCCUUCUGUCUCCUCAAUACAACCACGGCCGCCUCCACCACCACCACCACCGCCGCAGCAGCCACAUCCUUCUCAGACACUACAACAACUUGCCACUAUCCAACUACCACACCAAGAUCAGCCUCUGUCAUAUGCACAGAGUGCUAUCCUGUCACAAGUUCCAUUGCAGUUUCCGAACCAACUUCAUGUUCCUCAACUACAGUGUUACCCUCAGAGUCAGCAUGAAUCUGUGCAAUCACUGAGGCAAGUUGGUGAACAAUCACAACUUCAGAACCAGGGUCUGCAAGCUGAUGGUUUUUCUCAACAGCAGAAAGAUUCAGGGAUCAACUUAAACCAAAUUUUUUCAUCUCCAGAAGCCAUUCAGAGUCUACUUAGUGAUCGUGAGAAGCUCUGCCAACUUUUGGAGCAAAAUCCAAAACUCAUGCAAAUGCUUCAGGAUCGCAUAGGCCAGUUGUAGCCGCCAUGGGAGGCGUUGGUGUGAGCUGAUGUUUAAUGCUGGGGCUUCUAUUGCUAGGAUGCUCGAGUAGAGAUGUUCUGUUUUCGGCGAUAGUUGUAGCUAGAUGAGAUCAGCUGCUGCCUUCUAGUCAAGGAAAUGUAUGACCAUUUACAUUAGUUAUCUGUAAUUCUGUGUAACAUGUGAAUAUUUGUACUUAAGUGCUUGUAUCUUAAUUUAUUAUUUGAAGCUUGAAUGAAGUGAUAAUUUAAGCUUA